AUGUGCCAUUUUCCUGCUGGCAGGGCCACCACGACAUCCUUGACGAAGCAUCUUUUUGAUCCUGACCUGUUGGCCAACUGCAAACCAUACGUGAGCCACGAAAGCGAAGCUCGUCCGCUGGCGCUGGACAAGACAAUGUUCCUAUCGCUCUGGCCUCGAGACCAGACGCCACUAUUACGCUGUUCCGUCGGUCGACUCCUCAUCGCCGUCGUCGCAUUCGGAUCGCUGACUUCCAACCCGGCUGUCGACGCUGUGGGCGACGCUGCUGACGACGCCGCCGUCACUCGCCGCUGGCAAGCCAAUUUCGUCAAACAUCCCAGACACCCCCUGCCGGCCAAACGUGGCCCGCCGGGGGACGGGGAGAGCAAGGUUCCGCUCAUGGUAUCAAACAAGUGCGAUACCACCAUCUGGCCUGGGGUGGCUACGCAGUCUGGCGUCGGCCCCGGCACCGGAGGCUUCGAACUUGCCGCCGGCACGAACAGAACCUUGUGGGUGAGCUCAGACUGGCAAGGUCGGGUAUGGGGGAGGACGAAUUGCACGGUCAACGGCAACUCUUGCGCCUGCAAAACGGGGGACUGUUUCUCCAAGCUGGACUGCGAGUUCAGCGGAGCACCACCGGCGACUCUGGCCGAGUUCAAUCUUGCUGGUGGAGUGAUCGGCAUGCAAACCUUUUACGACAUUUCGCUCGUUGACGGCUACAACAUCCCGAUGGGCAUCAACUACAUACCUUCGAAGAACACGUCGUACAUUCCGCCCAACCUGACAAACUGCGCCUGCAUCGCAACGACCGGGUGGCUGUACCCUAAAGCUCUCACGGGCACCUUUUACACCAAUUCGUCGUUUCCAGUGCCCCUGGAACCGAAUGAGACGAAUAAGAGCGUCAGCAGCUGGUGCCCGUGGCCGAAUCUUGCCUUUCCCCCGACGGCGCCCUUGGACGGUGUAUAUCCGUAUCCUGAUGACAACGUUCAACGGCCGGCUUUUGCGCCCUGCAAGAGCGCUUGCGCGGCAACAAAUUCGGACGAGGACUGCUGCGUGGGCAAGUACCACGAUCCCAAAAUUUGCAAGCCGUCGCUCUACAGCAAGUCGGUCAAGUCGGUGUGCCCCGACGCCUACAGCUUCGCGUUCGACGACCAGAAAUCGACAUUCAUCAUCCCCAAAGGAGCUGGGCAAGGAGCUGCUGGAGAUUGCCAGCGGCGGGAGGCCGUCGGAGCUGUCGAUGAAGCGGCUGCAGAAUACGACCUACAUGGAAGCCAGCAGCGGCGCGGCGAGAAGGGAGGAAACGCCAGACGCCGUGAUGGCGAUGCUCAUGACCGCCACGGCCAUAAUCUCGUGGCUACUUGCACCAUGAGGGCACGGCAGCAGGAGGAGAAGUAG